UCCAACUAACCCUCACUGGGUCCCAGGCAGCCUCGAAUACGUUGCGCUCGAGGUGCUACAAAUACGUAGGUGACUCAGCAUGGUAGAGAUUACCAUCCGGAAGCGUCCCAGGACGGAGGCAGUCGUCACGCAACGCAAGUUUUUCAAGAAGACCGCACGCGGGAAGGUGAUCAAAGUCCUUCGCGAACGGUAUCUGCGGGACGACGUGGGCUGCGGUAUCGAUGGCUGCAGCGUCUGCCAUGAUUUGAGGGACUUCAACCUACCAUCUACUGGGUCAUUUGACCAUGCACAGUUCCGGAAUGGCCAUUUCGUCUUACCGGACACGAACGUGUUUCUCGCUCAGAUGGAUUUGAUGGAAUCGACUCUUUUCAACCCCCCGAUCAUACUACUGCAAACGGUCAUGGAAGAAGUACGGCAUCGUUCACUUCCGCUCUACAAUCGCCUGAAAGCGCUCAUCCGAGCUGAAGACAAGCGCAUAUGGGUUUUCUACAACGAAUAUCGAUCCGAGACUGCCGUUAUUCGCGAGGAAGGUGAAUCGCCUAACGAUAGGAAUGACCGGGGGAUUCGCAUGGCAACUGCAUGGUACAAUACUCAUCUUGGCCUUGCUCGGCCUCCUAUCCGAGGGCAGCCCGCGAGGCCGUUGCCAAGCGUUGUCUUGCUUUCGGAUGACGUCGCCAAUCGUCAGAAAGCAGAGAAAGAAGGAAUCGCAUGCAUCUCAGUGCGUAAGUAUGUGGAAGCGCUGAAGGAAUGCAGCGAACUCCUCGAUCUUCUGUCUGCACCCGGCUCGGACGGAGUGGAGCCGACAAGAGCAGUAGCUGCUAGACAAGCCCUCUAUCCCGAUUACUUGUCGAUGUCAACUAUGUUAGCAGGAGUCAAAUCAGGAGAGCUGCAUCAAGGACACUUCAACGCCAAUCAAUAUAAUUAUCUCGAGGGCAGUGUACCGGUGACCGGUUUCGACAAACCGAUCCUUCUGAUUGGCCGGGAGAAUAUGAAUAGGGCCGUGCAAGGUGACGUCGUGGCAGUCGAGAUCUUCGACGAAAAGGAAUGGAAGGCGCCUGCGGAUGAGGUCGUCGAACAAGAGACAACAUUAAGGAACGACGAUGCGGAUGAAUCCGAAGAAGAGAGCGAGGAUGAAGAGUCUAUCGCCGAGCGUAAGGUUCUGCAGACGGAGCAAGCCAGAAAAGAAGUGUCUGCUCGACAGCCAACGGGACGCGUUGUCGGUAUUAUCAAACGCAACUGGAGAUCCUAUGUCUGCCAUAUCGACAGCAGCUCCUUGACUUCCUCCAAUGCAACGUCACUAUCUCAGCAGACGGUAUUCGCGACGCCCGUUUCCCGACUGCUCCCCCGUAUACGACUACGUACACGCCAGGCGCCAACCUUGCUCGGCCAGAAGAUUCUCGUCACCAUAGAUCGCUGGGAUAGCACAUCCCGCUACCCGGAGGGCCACUUCGUGCGUGCGUUGGGUAAGGUUGAGAGCAAAGAAGCCGAGCAAGAAAGUUUGUUACUGGAGUUCGACAUCCCAUACAGGCCCUUCGGGAAGGCUAUUCUUGACUGUUUGCCGCCGGAAGGCGAACAUUGGGUUGUGCCGCCGAAGACCGCUGACAGCCCGGUGUGGAGGGAUAGAGAGGAUUUGAGGGACCUCAUCGUCUGCAGCAUUGACCCGCCUGGCUGCCAGGACAUUGACGAUGCGCUUCACGCACGUCUACUUCCCACCGGGAACAUCGAAGCUGGUGUCCAUAUCGCCGACGUGUCCCACUUCGUUCAUCCGGACAACCCGAUGGACAAUGAGGCUGCUGCGCGCGGGACCACGGUGUACUUGGUCGACAAGCGGAUAGACAUGUUGCCUGCGCUUCUAGGAACGAAUCUGUGCUCUCUGCGACCACAUGUAGAGCGCCUGGCGUUCUCCGUGAUUUGGGAGCUCACGCCGGAUGCCGACAUUAUCAAUGUCCGCUUCGCCAAGUCCGUGAUUGCCUCGAAGUCUGCAUUUACGUAUGAGGAGGCCCAGAUUCGCAAAGAUGAUCCGACGCUCGCUGAUGACUUGACAAAGAGCAUCAGGCUGCUCAAUUCCCUCGCACAGAAGUUGAAAGCAAAAAGAAUGGAGGCUGGUGCACUGAAUCUCGCCUCGCCAGAAGUCAAGAUCCAGCUCGAUAGCUCUGAAUCUUCGGAUCCCAUAGACGUAGAGCAAAAAGAGUUGCGAGAGACCAACAGUCUGGUCGAAGAAUUCAUGCUGCUCGCGAACAUCAGCGUAGCACGCAGGAUAGAAGAAGCUUUCCCACAGACUGCCGUGUUACGACGACACCUGCCUCCACCACGUUCCAAUUUCGAAAAGUUGCAAGACAUCCUGCAGAAGCGCAAGGGCCUGACUCUUGAUGUGUCCAGUUCUGGUGCCCUUGCAGAUUCACUUGACAGAUGCACAGACCCCAGCGAACCCGCUUUCAAUACAUUGGUGCGAAUCAUGGCAACGCGUUGCAUGCUGUCAGCCGAGUACUUCUGUUCGGGAAGCGUUUCCCGUGAUACUUUCGGGCACUACGGGUUAGCGAGUCCCAUAUACACGCACUUCACAAGCCCCAUCAGGCGGUACGCCGAUGUGCUCGUACACCGGCAGCUUUCUGCUGCAAUCGGAUACUCGUCAUUGCAUGCGACUUUGCAUUCCAAAGGACACGUUGAACGAGUUCUCGACGUCGUGAAUCGACGUCAUAGGAUGGCUCAGAUGGCAGGCCGUGCCAGCGUCGAGUUUUACGUUGGACUGGCCCUUAAGUCCCGCGGAAAGGGCAAAUCAACCACGGAGGAGGCUUUCGUAAUCCGCACCUUUAGAAACGGGCUGGCGGUCUAUGUGUCAACAUUGGGCCUCGAGGGGCUCGUGACGUUCAAGCGGGAGACUCAGUUCGAUCCUGAUUCAUACACGAUCACCGUUCCUUCUUCUCCCGUGGACAACACUACCAUUGCAGUGUUCGACAAGGUGGUGGUCGAGAUAGAGGUCGAGAAGGACAAGAAUACGCAACGUGGUCGGGUGAAGAUGACGCUGAAAAGUCCGGUCGAUUCUAGUACGUUGUAAAUUUCUAAUUAUCCAUACGACUUGUCACAUC